CAGUCGCUUCACAGUUGUGCGUGGUUUUGAUUUGGAAGUGUAUUGUUUGUGUUUUGUAAAAUGCCUUUACGAUGUUCUUUUAUACAUGAUCUUCAAGACCUAGUGUGUAGCAUAUUGUGGUGAAAUUGUGAUAAAGCAGCAAUGGCUUUCCCACCGUUUCCAUCCCAAGAUUUAGCAAAGCUCGUACUUGGGUACCUUGCUGAAGAGCAGUUGAUGACAGCCUAUGAUGAAUUUCUACAAGCAAGUCCGUAUCUGGAUGCAUUUAGAAAUGAAUAUGACAGGAUAUUUAUGACAUCAUUAAAGAAUAUUCUGGCGGAGUAUAGAGCUGUUAAAAUUUAUGUUGAAACUUGCAAGCCCCUUGUGUUACGAAGAAAGCUCUUCCAAUGCACCAAUUUAUUAGAAAUUGUGAAGCUCCUAGUGAGUUAUAUUGACAUCAACAGACUUCAUGCCCAGGAUACUACUUUUGAUAAAAAUAGUUAUAAGUCAAGUUUAAAUUCAAAAUGUUCUGUUUGUGAGACAUGUAAUUUUACAAUCGGAGUCUGUGUUUGUAAGAAGUCUAAAUCCACAGCCCCGUCGAGUCAGAUUGAUAUGACUAUUGAUACUUCUUUAGAAACAACUUCUUUAGCGGAUCUUCCUGGUAAUUCUAUCUCAAAAAAGAGACAAAGUAAAGAAAUGAUAGAUGUGAUGCAGCCAGGCUAUAAUAACCCAAAUGAAGCAAGUGGUUUAACUCAAAAUCACUUAAUAAGUAGGGUUGAAAGUCAAGCUGUGGAAACUCCUAUAAUGUGUAAUACGAAACAAAAUGUUCCUGAUAAAGUAGAUGAAUCGAGUCAGAAGAUUGAAGAGUUUAAUACAAUACUAAAUUUUGUUUGCGGCAACAAUGACUCAUACCAGAAACCGCACUUGAUUCCAGAGGCGACUGUCAUUAACAAUAAAAAUGUUGGAAAUGCUAGUAGUUUUCAAGAGUUUGCUAAAGGAGUCACUUGCCAAAGUGAUCCAGAGAAAUCUAUUGUACCUGAUUCUAGCACUUCAGAAAAUUUUAGUGCACAAUAUACUGCUCCCAGAGAGAAUAUAGUGAAUAUAACCCCGAUAACAAAUAUUAAAGGCCCACCGAAACAGUUGUUACUAACGGUUGGUACACCGAAAACAAUGCAGAAGAGAAUCAAUGUGAACCAAACAAAGAUGGAUGACCAGAAAAUAACAAUACUAUCAGAUAUAAAAGUUGAUAACACAUUCAAUAAUAAUGUCAAAAUGCCACCGGUAUUGAAGUCUGCUACGUCGACGCCAUUACUGCAGUUUCAAACAAUUCUUAUAAAUGGCACCCCGGCUUAUAAGCAAAACACAAAUAACACUAACUUGAAUUACACUAAGGACGAAAUCAUGGCCAUGCCCACACUCUUUGUUGUGUCUGCGACAAGCGCAUCCCAAAAUAUUCCACCAGCUCCCCUUUAUAACACAAACGCACAAAGCACAACUGUGACCACUACAACUAGUAGUUUAUCAACUGCUAAUGUACUGGGUCCCUUAGUUAUAGAUGUCCCCGAUGAUCCUCUGACCGAUACAAAUAAAUUACCGGAUCUGAGUUCUGAUAAAACAGUGCCGGAAGUGAGUCUAGUCACAACCGUCGAUAUAACGUCUAAUGGACACGGUUCUUUACCCAAAAAUACUAAUUUAACCGUCAAUAAAUCUAGUACGCCUAAUUUUCUACCACCGACAAGAAAAUCAUCAUCAACGCCGAGGAGAUCGUCCCACGUGAGAGUGUUAGAUUUCACAACACCAAGAAGAAUCUUACAUGAAAGUAUAAAUGAGCAAGAAGUCAAAAAGGCGGAAGUCAGCGUGGUUCCCGAUAUACCCGUUCAUACGAAAGUUAUUUCAGGUUCCGUUAAUACUGUUAUUCCGAAAACUGAUAGCCAGAAGAAUAUAUCGACUAAAGACAAAAAUAUGAAUGAGCAGAAAAAACGCAAUUGGGAUGCCGAAUUAAGGGUGCUGGCUGUGAGAAAUGAUGAAGUGUUUGAACCCGCUCCCAUCCCUAAACCUCAAAAAGUGAAGAGUAAGAAGAAAAUUACAGCCAAAGACGAUAAAAAUAAAAAUAAAGCAGAUAUAUCAAAAGAUACAGUUACAAGCAAACCUAAAAAAUCUAAGAAAAAACGAAAAUCAGCUGAUAUAGUGGAGCCAAAACCCGUUACUGUUGAUGAAAAAACUCCGGGCUCUGUAAUUGGCAAUGAAGUCAAUGAAACAGCUACUAACAUUGCUUGCAAGAUAGAUAACUCUAAAAAAGAUAGAAGUGACCCUAAAAUCAAUGAAGAUCGCGUGGAUACUCCAGAAAACGACAGGAUAGCGUUACAAAACGUCAUCGGAGCCAGGUUAAAUAUAUCAGACUUGUUGGAAACACCAUACAAGCAAGUCUUAUACGACAUACAGAUGGAAACUCCCAAAUUCUUAGGCCCGGACAUUCCCGGCGAACCGAUAUCAGAUAUUAAAAUUAUGAGUAUACCCACUCCAUUGUUCUUAAAUACUCCUAAACCUAUAUCAACGCCGUAUUCAACACGACCAACUGACUACUCCAGUGGAGGCAGUUAUUAUAAACCUGACGAUCAGGAUUACAUACCACCCGACAUAUUGAAAUGUGCGGUCACCACACACGAGUCCAAACAAAAUGAGGAUGAAACUGUAGAGAACGAUAAAAGAGAUAAAGCUGAAAAACCGAGUCGGCCACGAAGGAAGUGCACCAAAUAUGUUUCCUACUACAAGAGUCCACUCAACACAAAAUCGGGCGAAAAGGAAAAAGAUGACGUGGCGUCAGAAAGUAGUGGAGUUAGCAGCUAUAGCUCACUGGACAAAAAACCUCUGAAAACUCUGGAAUCCAAAAAGAAGAAAACUAAGACCGAGAACAAAAAGAAAACUAAUGUUUCGGCUCAGAAAUCGCCCGCCAAGAAACACACCCCAAAAACGUUUAUGAAGAUCAAGCCGAGACGUACGACUCCGAUUAAAGAUGUCUACAAUAAGAGCAAAAGAAAGACCGAUACGCCCCCCGGGAGCGCUUUAAAGCCUAGAAAUAGAACGUCUAGCAAAACUAAAAGCAUAAACUUGGCGCCAAUAAUUCUUGCUGCACCAACGAAAUCACGAAGAAAAUCCUCCACACCAAGAAAAAUACAGUGCACGAAAUCAUAUAAUACGAAUUACGAUUUCAAUACGUCUGAUAAAUCAAAAGCGGGUGAAGAUAGAAAAUGUAUCGCAAGUAGUAAUGAUUCUGAUGUCGAGCAAUUGUCUCUGAGAUGGUCCGAUGAUGGAUCCCAGGACGCCAAAGAGAGGCCCCAAGAACCUAAAACCCCUCCGAGUGCUGGUGACGAGGAAGACAUCACUAAAAUAAAAGAGUACAUAGAAAAAACCGCUAAGCCAGAAUGUACUGGUAUUAAUUCUGAAGCUAGUCUUCAUAUUGAUCUUAUCAAAAGGGGUUUUGAUGUCGAAACAGCUAAGAGCAUCGAGCGUGACUUACUAGACACUAACCCGACGAGAGAAAGAAAAUCCUUAGAUGAAAAAACGAUCGUUCAGAGUAAUGCAGAUACUAUUGAAGCUAAUUGCAGCGAGGAUAGCCAAAAUGAGGCAGAUGUUGAUGAAGUUGAAUUCACCGUCAGCGAAUGCGACGAAAAUAGCAAAAAUUUCAUCACGUGCACCUUCGAUGGAACUAAAUUUAUACCUAAGGAAAUAUCUAAAUUAAAAGACAAAUACUCAAUGGAACUCUGCAUAGACGACGGCGUCACGAUAAGGUUGAGAGCCACAAACUUCAUAGAUUUAUUUGAAGAUAGAAUAGAAGCAACAGAUUAUAAUUACAAGGAGACCGAGGCGGCUGUGCACUCGAUAUCUGAUAUCGAUAAGUUGUACACACCGAUGAAGCACAGGGGACUGACGUGCCAUGAUAUAUUCGACUCGACGCUAACCAGCCUCGACACGCCGAUAAAGACGGACGAUGUCAGAGACACGUUUGAAACAGUAACGGAGAUUGUUCUGGAAGUCGAACACGCGGAGGUCAAAGACACGAAGAAAAGGAAAAGAUCUCAAGGUGGAGCGCUAGAGGAUUCCACUAAUAAGAAGACCAAACCAGAGACACAAUACUUACUGAACUCCGCCAAUAUACAGAACAUUGAUAUUGAGUCGGUCUUGAGCAAAUUACACGGCCCCUGACGAACGACGGUAGUUUUAAAUUAUGUUGAUCAUAUGUAAAUAUAGGUCGAGUUAUUAUGUAAGAAUAAAAAAUGUGUUACGAAUCAUAGAAUGUGUUUGACACAAUUUAUUUGUGUAAUGUUAUUUGCACCUGUUUACGAUGUACUACGGAACCACCCGUAGUAUUGAACAGUGUACAUGUGCUAGACACUGCAAUGAGAAUAAAAAUAUUAUUUUGUA